AUGUCUUCUUCGGUACCGCAACGCACCCGACUCAGACAACCUGAAACCUUCACCGGCUUUGCCAAGUUACCACCAGAACUACGACUCAUGAUAUGGGAAUUCGCUCUUGAUCGGUCUCGCCAUACAGUCCAUGUAUACCCAUUGAAAGACAACACUUCAUCCAACCGCCCUGACCCUAAACCGAGUAGUGGGAUGACACUCAAUUUCAUCCUCGAGAGAGAGAUGUAUCUUGAAUGCGGACAUCAUGUACCACCUCACUUGGACGAAGUCAUCACAAAGGGCAUCGAACCCGGUCCAAACCUUAUGAAAAGCGUUAAUGAGGCUAUAAAAUCAGAGAAUGCUUUUCUGAUUGAUUAUAAACGUCCUUCAACUCACAUGAACGCCCGUAGAGCUGUACGGAGUUUUGUAUACUGGCUUGCGCCACUUGGCCAAGUCUUUCUUAUCGACUAUGGUCUGAAGCGAACGCAGCCCAUAGAACCUGGGAGAGUGUACCAAAUGUCAUAUUCGAAGGAAACGGCAGGCGGUUUGUUAAGGUUAGUACGACUAGUAUCGCCUGGGAGGAUGGCGUUCUGGGACAGGGAGAUCGCGGUUGGAAGACUACUCGGCGUGUGCGCAACAUCUUUCCGAACAGAUAUCACAGUAGAUGCUGCGCUGUUGCUUGCGAGUAUGUAUAGGAGUAUGACAAAUGGUGUGAAGUUAGAGAACUGA